GAAGCUCAGCUGUCCUGUGAACAGGUGGAGAGCAAUAAUAGCCCAGUGGUUCCAUUCCAAUCCGUGCAACCGGAAGCUGAAGAGAGCCUCACAGCAGACAAGGUUCAACCGUCUAAAAUUUCAUCAUUCCCACCAUCAAUCCAAACAGUAAGAAAGUAGGUACAGAAGGAAGGAAAUGGAUUUUACUACAACGUGCCUUAUUGUUCUCUCCAUUUCAGCUGGAUUGGUCCAUUCUUAUAAACAUUCCUAUGAACAUGAAGCCAGCUUGAUUGAUAACCUCUUUGAGAACUACAACAAAGUUGUACGUCCAGUCGAAAACUUCAGCGACAAAGUUGUGGUGACAGUUGGCCUGCAGUUCAUUCAGCUUAUUAAUGUGGAUGAAGUGAAUCAAAUUGUAUCAACAAAUAUUCGCCUGAAACAGCAAUGGGUGGAUGUCAACCUAAGAUGGAAUCCAGCAGAUUACGGAGGAGUACAGAAGAUUCGGGUACCUUCAAGUGAUAUUUGGCGUCCAGAUUUAGUUCUGUACAACAAUGCUGAUGGUGACUUUGCUAUUGUCAAGGAUACCAAGGUCCUUGUGGAUUACACUGGAAAAAUUACAUGGAUGCCCCCAGCUAUUUUCAAAAGCUACUGUGAGAUUAUAGUCACAUAUUUCCCGUUCGACACACAAAACUGCAGCAUGAAGCUUGGUUCAUGGACCUACGAUGGCAAUAUGGUGGUUAUAAACCCGGAAAAUGACCGUCCAGACCUCAGUAAAUACAUGGAGAGUGGGGAGUGGUUGAUGAAGGAUUAUCGCCUCUGGAAGCACUGGGUUUUUUAUACUUGCUGCCCAGAUGUUCCAUACCUGGACAUAACCUAUCACUUUAUUCUGCAGAGGCUGUCUCUUUACUUUAUUGUCAAUGUCAUCAUUCCUUGUCUGCUCUUCUCAUUUCUGACUGGUUUGGUGUUCUACCUUCCCACUGAUUCAGGUGAGAAAAUGACCCUAAGUAUCUCUGUCCUGCUAUCCCUGACUGUGUUUCUUCUGGUCAUUGUUGAACUGAUCCCAUCAACCUCGAGUGCUGUUCCCCUGAUUGGAAAAUAUAUGUUGUUCACUAUGGUGCUGGUCAUUACAUCAAUUAUUAUUACUGUCAUUGUGAUCAACACUCAUCACCGCUCUCCAAGUACUCACAUCAUGCCUCCCUGGGUCAGGAAGAUAUUCAUUGAAACAAUCCCAAAUAUGAUGUUCUUCUCUACCAUGAAACGACCUUCCCAAGAAAAGCAGAGCCCAAAGGUUUUUGCAGAAGACAUUGACAUAUCAGAAAUUUCAGGAAAACUGGGUCCAGCUGCUGUGAUCUACCAGUCACCAAUCUUGAAGAACCCUGAAGUCAAGAGUGCUAUAGAAGGAGUCAAGUAUAUAGCAGAAACCAUGAAAUCUGACCAGGAAUCCAAUAAGGCAUCAGAAGAAUGGAAGUUUGUGGCAAUGGUGCUCGAUCAUGUCCUCUUGGCAGGCUUCAUGAUCGUUUGUGUCAUCGGAACACUCGCUGUAUUUGCAGGACGCCUUAUUGAGCUAAAUUCACAGGAAUGAAUAUAUCUUGGAUUUCAUGAUAUUAAAAAGAAAUGGCCAAGAGGAGGAAUAUUAUGACUGUGAUGCAUCUUCAUCAUUCUGUAUGAAGUAUUACAGAAUAUAUGCCAUUCAUAUAAAUAAUAUUGGUAAUGUUCUUAAACAAAAAUUCCAGUCUGGUGGAAAAACAGAAUAUUUUUUUUUACAUUCAAAUUAUUGUUAAAAUUCAAUUUUGUUUUUCUUUUCCAUGCAAUGAGGGAGCAUUUAAUGGGUACUCCAGGAUCUGACACCCUGAAAGAUGUUGUGCCUUUGCCCACCCCACCAUUGUACCAUGGUUACUGACAGCAUGGGAGUGGAGCAUUUUUUCCCGGUUUAUACACCCACAUAGCAUUGUGAAAACAUGGACCCCCACAGGUCAUAUUUUUUGACUAAUUCUUCUAUUGUGUUUGUAUGGAAAAGACAUGGGAACAUCUAAAUAAUUAUUGCCUACAGGAAAACCUAAUACAGUAUUCCUGUGAGAGCAUCAGGUCAUCUUCCCAACUGUAUUGCCAACAUACUGACUUUUGGGUUUAUUUCAUGAGGUCAUGCAAAGUGAAAUAACAAUGUGCAACAUGUAUCCAUCGGAUUUACUGUAUGUUUACUGUACUAACAUUGGAUAGGAAAUGAAAAUGUAUGUUCAGCUAAAACUGUUCUUAGUUUGGAUUGAAUGAGGAAUAAUUAUAAUGCCUGUCUUGGGAGUGAUCAGAUUUCUCCAACAGCAACACGGGCAGAAAUAAAAAAAUAUUUUCUGAUAUCUCUA